GCGUAACUGGCUGCUAAACAAACCAAUGUGGUCGAAUAUAUUAUUUCUAAUCUAAAGACCUGAAGGUCUCUUUUGAGUCUUUAUAGUCUCACAGAGUACAGGGCAGGCGACAACUUAAUUCCCUUUUGGGACUAGCGGCACCGGGUCGGGAACGCAGCGAGCAGCGUGAUAUCAUCUUGGCAACCGGCAGUCCAUCCAUCUUCCGGCCGAUUACAGAAAGAAUUCAGACAAGUGGUCCACAACCAUGGCGGAGUAUUGGAAAUCAGCGCCCAAGUUUUGGUGCAAGCAAUGCAAGAUCUUCAUUCGCGAUACCGCCUUCGAAAAGUCUCAACAUGAGGCUACGGCCAAACAUCAGGGUAAUCUGAAGCGCUUCCUUCGCGACAUCCAUCGGAACAAUGAACAACAACAGCGCGAAGCGCAAAGAGCGAAGAAUGAGGUUGAGCGACUGCGCCAGACCGUGGCCGGACCUGCGGGUGGGAAAGACAGGGAUGCUGCGCCCUGGAAACGUGCGCCCGCACCGGCGCCCAAACCUCAGGAGCGACCUGUUUCUUUGGAAGAAAGAAAACGACAAAUGGCACAGCUAGCAGAGAUGGGUAUUGCUAUUCCGGAAGAAUACCGCAGUGAGAUGGCUUUGGCCGGAGAGUGGCAAACGCUGUCGGAGAAAGUUGUACAACCUUCGGAGGAAUCAAAGGCCAGCCAGUCAUUAGGGGUACGCAAACGAAAGCAUGAAGAGCGUGACGAGGAGGAGGAAGAGGCAAAACAAGAAGCUGAACGAUUCGUCAGUAAGGGCUGGGGCUCCCGGACCCGAGUCUAUCCCGGCGCCCAAGAGGACACUGAUCUUGAUGCUCUUUUGGAGUCUACGAAAGAUAUCAAAAAGGGUAAACCUUCAACUCCUGCUGAGUCGGCGCCGGAGCCGGAGCCUGAGAAUGCACCGGAAACCGUUAAGGGCCAGUUCAUGCCGGUCAAGUCAGAAGGAGAUGCAGCAGCUCCUGAGACUGGUGAGCCGUCUCAGGUCAAGCAGGAGAGUGAGACUGCCCCCUCGGCUCCUGCGACAAAAGAGGAGCCGAAAGACGCUCCAGCUGUGGGGGUCGUUUUCAAGAAGCGCAAGGCCAAGGUCAUGAGAAAGUAACGGCACCCAUCACGGCCAGCAUUUUACGGAAAUACGUGGAGCUGUUACGUGUUGGCGGUUCUCAUCAUUACUCCAGUGCAAUAUUGACGAUGCAUUACCGUCAGCGAAAUCAAACUUGUUGAUCGCAUCUGCC